CCGAUGAUCGAAAGCUUAACUAAUCCUUGUAGUUUGUCAAUUCUAAACCUCGACCUUAAUUGUUUGUUUGUUUUCUUCUUCUUCUUUUAAUUAAAAUCGUUUAAUUUAAAUGAAAUUAAUCUUCCAUCAUGGAGAGAAUACCUGAAACAAGUCAAGAUCAUCAUGGAACAAAUGUUAAUGGUUCCGGUGAAUCUGAACAUUACAAGUUAUGUUUAACUGCUUUACAAAGAGCUUCAAAUGAUACCGAAAAGCUAAUUAGUCUAUUGGUAAUCGCUAAAUAUUUAAAACCUGGAAAGCUUUCAGAAUCUGAGCUUCUUUGCCUAUUUAAUCAUAUAGGAAAUGAAUUUCUAUCAAGAUUACUAAUAGUUCCAGAGAUUGAACCCAAUUUGGAAGAUAUUUCAUCAGGAUCUAUGCAUUCGAUUGGUGUUAACAUAAUCCAUGUAAUAUUAAAAGUUAAACCAGAUCAUCUUCCCCAUUAUGUUAUGGUUAAACUGUUCACUCAAAUAUCGGAAAUUCUUACAUCAUUACGACCGGAAAGUGAUGAGAAUAAAUUACUUCUAGAUGAUAUUCUUUCUUGUUACCAGUGUUUACUUGAAAUUUAUCCUGAUCGACAACGUUUAUCAAUCAUUCUUCACUCAUCUAAUUCCAUACGUUCAUUGGUCUCAAUUCUUACCAAUCCAAAUUUUGGAAAUGUUGAAAUUUAUCUGUUAUUAUGUAAAGCAUUCAGUGAAUCAGAUAUCUCAUCUAAAGAUCCUGAAUCUUUCCAUAAGUUCAUGUUUUUUGCUGCUUUAACCUUUAAAACUGUUCAAAGUCAACAAAAGUUUGACAUUUGUAGUCAAUUGGUAAAUUUAAUCCAAAAAAAUGAACAAACGUUAAUCACUCAAUCUCAAUCAUGUUCACCAUCAACAUCAACAUCAUCAUCAUCAUCAUCAUCAAUGUUUCAACCACCAACAAGCACCAUUGGAGCAAAUAAUUGGUUACCCUUAAUAACUGAAGGAUUAUUUGAUAUACUAUCUAGUCGUCUUGAUAAACAAAGACGAGAUCCAGCGUUUUAUUUAAUUGUCGCACUUAACAAAGUGUUUCCGCUUUUCGUUUGGAUGACCUGUGGGGUAGAAAAAUUUGAGGAAACUCGUUGUAGAAAUUUUCUCCCUCUCGUCUUACGAUUGGUUUGCAUUGAAAUUUGUCUCGAAUUAAGGAAAGAAGAUGAAUCAAUUGAUGAGCAUCUAUUAAAUGCUUGUUUCAUACUCGUUGAAAGUUUAAUCAAUACAAUUUGCGCUGAACCGGGUUCACUUGAGAUUACACUUAAACUGACACCAAAUGAUAUUGUUAAUUUGUACAAUUCCCUUCGUGAGACAAUUUUAACAGUUAUCGAGUUUGUUAAGAAUGUUAUUAAUGAUUGGGAAGAGUUAAGUUCUAAUCAAACAACAUUCUCAAUAAUUAUGGGCUGUAUUCGAAUAAUUUGCUUCUGGACAUUGGAAGAUUUAAGUGGAAUCGAUGAUAAAAUGAUUGAUUUAAUUCCGUUUAUGGUUACACUUUUACACGAUCAGAAAAGUUUUAACAUCGUUGGACAUUUUAUUCUAACCUCUUUCUAUGAAAUUUGUGUUAAUUGUGACGAUUCUGAUCCACUGAAACGAUCAAUAUUAAGCUACGAUAUUCAAGCAAAUGUAACUCGAUUUCAAACAAUGUCACCUUUCAAUGAUCAAAUGGAUAAAAUUUGUGAAGCUUUUCGUAAUCUCAAGUGAAACAAUUAACCGAGAGGCGGGAAAAAGCAAAUUACACAUUAAUUAAUCAUAAUUGUGAUCAUUAUAUUGGACUUAUACAAACUCCUGAUGGUCGAAACUUAAUCAUCUUUAAAUUUUUUAUACUCCCUGGUAAAUGAUAAUCAUUAUCACUUUAACAAUUAAUGGUUUUACAAUUCAAUCUUCCAAUCAAACCUGAACACACAACAAGUUAACUCACUAUUUAAAUUGAUUUGAAAUGAUUUCUAAUUUCAAAUCAUCUAAUCAACUUUCCAACCUUCCAUUUUACUCAUUAAAAGUACUCACGAGUAAUCAAUUUAUUUUUAAACAGAUUUAA